GCUUGCUCCCCACUUCAGAAUUCUGGGUGGAAGAAAAAAAACUAAAAAAACUUUUGAAUCCAACAAUUUGAAAGUGUUUUAAGCUAAAAAGGCUUACAAUAGCGUAAUUUUUGUGCAUAAGUGAAUGGGCAACUCGUAUUACGAAAGUCUCAAAAUGCAUUCAAAUAAAGCUAAAAUUUCAAAAUUUUCCGGGGUGACAGGAAAUAUGUUGAAUUUAUCAAUCCAAUAGUAUUUUGUCAUCAAAAUGCAGAAAACAACGUAAUUUCUGUGCAGAAUUGAAUGGAAAGUUUGCCUUUUGAUAGCCUCAAAGUAAGUCCUAAUAGAAUUAAACUUUAGACAUUUCCCGAGAGAGGCCCCCAAACCCCCUCUACGUAGGGGAUCUUCCAUACCCCCCGGUGGUAGGGGGCGAGGUCCUCCCCAGCAAAAUAACCUAGCUACACCGAUGCAGUGCAGGACAAUCGACUUUUUAAACGACUCGGAUAUUUGCGAUGAAACAGUGCGCGAAUCUCUUAAUUUUCAUAUACUUGGCUCUAACAACCUCAAUAUCUCAUUGCACCACAAAAGUAGAAGAGCCAUACUACCUCGACCCUCGGCAUCUCGUCCCAUUCUGCCAUUUGUUCCUCACCCCUGGUUCCAGCGAGAGCCUAGCCCUUCGCUUCAUCAACGACAUAAUGAUCUCCGAAACCCCCAAAAUGUGUGACGUUAUUGGCUUCAAAAACGACUCCAGGCCCAAAGACCCGACGCCGAAAUUCGACGUCAUAUGCAUUAAACUGAACUCUGUCCGUCCGGCCGCGAUAAUCGGAGUACAACCGCUGAGGUUCGAGUCUACCUCGCGCAAGAUCACCCAGUACGAAGUGGCGGAUCACUACGUUGAACAACUGGAAGGAUUUGAAAAGUUGGAUUGGGAAAAACGCCUCCUAGCUUUCAGGAACCUGGUUCCAGUAUUAUCGAUUCUCGUGUCACACUUCGAGCCAGACCGAAUGGACAGACUUGUGAAGCAUUCGAAGAUGUUAGAUACGUGGAGUUAUGACCAUCUGUACAAGGGUUUCGCUGUGACCACCAUGUACCUGGAUAAGUGCCGUGAGCGCGUGCGAAGGGACAGUGACGUCAUGAGGGACAAUUUGGACAAAUGGUGUCACUUUUUUACAUACGCUAAUUCGUAUCGAGUCGGAGAAGUUCCAGCCUGGACCAAAACCGACGACGCCAUGAAAUCUGCGUAUUCGAGGUUGGAUCCUUGCAAGUACACCGCGGAGGAGAUAAAAUUGCAUAAUGAAACUUUGAAGGCGUUUGAAACGACGCUCGCUGAUUACAAGAAAGCGGUUGAACAGGGGCGGUGGAAACCCGGGAAGUUGACGUGAAGUUUGAAAGGGAAUGGAAUGUGCGAGAGAGGAAAUACACAAAAAAGUGAAAGGCUGAGUGCUAUUGGAACUGGAGCUAUUAAGGUACUUCAGUAGCCACAGCAAAUGUUUUCCAGAGAAUUUUUUGUACAUUAAUUUGUAAAAUAAAUAAUGCGUUAAUUUUUUCCUAA